AUGGAAAUUCAAAUAAUUUCUAAAGAAAUCAUCAAGCCCUCAGCUUCAACACCACACCACGUAAAAACCUAUAAGCUCUCUGGAAAGGACCAGAUUGCUGAUUUAGCGUAUUUCCCUAUCAUUCUUUUUUACUCGCCAACCAAUGAAAUUUCCAGCAAAAAUUCUGACCACCUGAAGAAAUCCUUCUCUAAAACAUUAACCCUCUUCUACCCUUUUGCUGGACGAAUAAAAGAUCAUUCAUCCAUUGAUUGCAGUGACGAGGGAGCCUGUUAUAUUGAAGCCCAUGUAACAGGCAACAUGUCUGUGAUAGUUCAACAGCCAGACAUACACCAAUUGGAGCAGCUAAUGCCAUGCAAGCUUGAAGAAAACUUACUUGAGCUAAGCACCAGGGUGAUGCUAGCAGUCCAAGUGAAUUACUUUGAUUGUGGUGGGAUAGCGGUCAGUAUUUUCAUUUCCCAUCGAGUAGCUGAUGGGUCGUCAUUGGCAAGCUUUGUUAAACGUUGGAGUGCAAUUUCUUGUGGUGGUGACCUUAAUAUUGUCGAUGGAGUGGUUAUUGAUUGUACCUCACUCUUCCCUCCACAAGAUUUUUCAGUCAUAAAAUUACAUGAGAAUUUCAGAAAUGACAAUUCGUCUACUAAAACAGUGACGAAAAGGUUCGUUCUCGAUGGUCCUAAGGUAGCUGUAUUAAGAGAAAAGUUAAGCAAUGGGCCAUAUUUAGAUCGUCCAACCCGGGUCGAGGCUGUGUCUGCCCUUAUGUGGGGUGCUUUUGUUGGAGAAGAAAGUGAGUCUAAGAAGGUAAACAAAGUCGCAAUGCAUGUUGUGGAUUUGCGGAAGAGAUUGGAUCCACCCCUACCACAACAUUGUAUUGGAAAUAUAGUCCAUACGACUGUGGCAAACUGGCCAGAAAAGGUUGUAGAUUUCAAUGGUUUAGCUGGAAAAAUUCAUGAGUCAAUAAGCAUGAUAAAUAAUGACUUCGUUAGGAAGGUUUCUGCAGACGGCACAGACCAAGGAUUAUUGUCAGAGAUUGCAAAAGAUCCCAACAACUGGAGUUUAUUUUGCUUCAGUAGUUGGUGUAAAUUUCCAUUUUAUGAGACUGAUUUUGGCUGGGGAAAGCCCACUUGGGUAGGCGCUGCCAUGAAGUUUAUGCCCAGAGGUGCUUUUUUCUUGGAUACAAGAGAUGGUGAGGGAGUAGAAGCAUGGGUGACAUUAUCCGAGGAAGCAAUGGUCAAGUUUGAAAAAAAUCCUGACAUCUUAGCCUAUGCUUCUUCCAGUCCUAGCAUAUGA